UUAACUCAGUUGAUUCCGGGACCAGUUUCCCCACCCGUGGGAACGAGGCUCCAGGCCGGAAGUGCCUUGGUAGGCGCCCUCCAGGCUCCGCCCCCUCCGCGCGUGCCGCCCGCCUCCAGGGUGACGCAGUUCCGGUGCGCUUGCUCCGGCUGUCUAGCUGGUCGCGCGGCGGUGACGCGGUGGCGGGAGCUGUGGUCGCGCGCUUUCCCCGGGGUGAGGGGACCCGGCAGGCGAGCGGGCGCGCGGGCCUGGCCCACGCUCCGUCCUCGGCGGUGCCUCUGCCGGCCGUCCCCUCUCCGGGGCCCCGAGAAGGCGAGCCAGGCUGCGCUCGAGGGCCCGGCGUGAGGAGGGGGCAUGGCCAGCGUCCCCCAGCUGGUGGACGACCUGUGCGAGGCCCUCCUGCAGGCCGCGAAGGCUCACUCUGGCCAGCGCCGCGGGAGCCGCAAGAAGGCCAAGCAGAGCCUCAAGAGGGUGGCCUACAACGUUCUGUUCACAAGCCUCUUUCAAGAUGAGACCCGCAAGCUGCAGCCCGGCCUCCCGAGAUACCCGGUGAAAAACAGGAUCCUCAUGCUGUCCUUCGACUUGCGAGUGAGCGGCCUGGGCGCCGAGGCCGACCGCCUGGAGGAGUUGGUGGAGGAGCUGGAGGCCGCGCAUCGGCGGCCGCUGGCGGAGCUGGGAUCCGUGCUGGACCUGCUGGUGCGGCUGGCGGGCAGCGGGCCCCCGCGAAUGCUGCGGCGCCGGCGGGACUUCUUCUUGCACAGCCGGCCCGUCGGGAGAGACGUUCCCUACGGCGGCUACGACUGCGCCGACCUGAGCGCGUUGGAGGCGGACGUGCGGUCGCUCAUCUACGGAGAGGAGUAUCUGUGUCGGGACCUGGUCCGGAAGACGCUGCAGGUGAUGGAGGCGGCGCCGGGCACCGGCCUGCCCGCCGUCGGGCUCUUCUCGUAUGGCGACCCCUGCGGGGACAGGUUUGAGAGGGACACCCGCGUCUCGCUCUUCGGAGCCCUGGUGCACAGCCGCACGGCCGACCUGGACGUCCGCCUGGACCUGCCCCCGGUGUCGGACAGCGCAGAGCUCUCCGGACUGGCCAUCAAGGUCCCUUCGAGUGUGGAUCCGUCGGAAGAUGAAGGGUUCCAGUCAGCAUCCAAUCUGACUCCUGAUUCCCAGUCUGAGCCGGGCGUGACUCCAGACAUUGACCUGUGGGACGCUGUGCUCACCUUCGAGGCCAGCAAGCGGAGGUGCUGGGAGCAAGUUGGAUGCCCGCCUGGCCACCGAGAGGAGCCCUACCUCACCGAGGCCGGAAGGGCCGCCUUCGACAGGACCUGCGGGCUCUGCCAAGCGGGGCUGCAGGUGCUGGGCGGGGGCCUCCUGCAGGCCCCGCAGCCCGUCCUGGUGAAGGAGUGCGAGCUGGUGAAGGACGCGCUCAACAUCCUGAUUGGGGUCGUGUCCGCCACGUUUUCCCUCUGCCAGCCAGCCCAGGCCUUCACGGUGAAGCAGGGUGUCCAUGUGUCCGGAGCGUCCCCCGAGAGCGUCAGCAGCCUCCUCUCAGAGGUGGCCGAGUGCGGGACCCACUACGCGCGCCUGAGCCGCUUCUCUCUGCAGCCUGUGCUGGACUCCUCGUGCAGCGAGGGCCUCGUGUUCCAGGCCUUCAGCAGCGGCCUGAGGAGGUACCUGCAGUACUACCGGGCCUGCGUGCUCUCCACCCCGCCCACCCUGAGCCUCCUCGCCAUUGCCUUUCUCUUCAAGAAACUGGGCCGGCAGCUCAGGUACCUGGCUGAGCUCUGCGGUGUCGGCACUGGACUCCUGGGCGCUGGGGGCGGAGCGCCCGGGGCUGCGUUCCCCACUGGCGUGAAGCUGCUCUCCUACCUCUACCAGGAGGCCCUGGACAACUGCAGCAACGAGCACUACCCGGUCCUGCUGUCUCUGCUGAAGACCAGCUGCGAGCCCUACACGCGGUUCAUCCACGACUGGGUGUACAGCGGCGUCUUCAGAGACGUUUACGGCGAGUUCAUGAUCCAGGUGAACCCUGAAUACUUGGGCUUCAGAGAUAAGUCUUACUGGACCCACGGCUACGCGCUCAUUUCCAAAGAGGUGGAGGACUGCGUCCCCGUGUUCCUGAGGCACGUUGCCCACGACGUGUACGUCUGCGGGAAGACCAUCAACCUGCUGAAGCUCUGCUGCCCCCGGCAUUACCUCUGCUGCUCCGAUGUCCCGGUCCCUCGCAUCUCGGUGAUAUUCUCCCUCGAGGAGCUGAAGGACAUCGAGAAGGACUGUGCCACCUACGUGGGCCGGAUGGAGAGGGUGGCGCGCCACAGCUCCAUCAGCAAGGAGGAGAAGGAAUUACGAGUGGAAAUUGCAAAACAAGAAUUAAUCGUCCAGGCCCGGGAAGCGGCGUCCAGGGUCCUGAGCGCGCUCAGCGAUCGGCAGCUGUCCGAGCGGAUGGCCUUGGACGCCCGGAAGCGAGAGCAGUUUCAGAGGCUGAAGGAGCAGUUCGUGAAGGACCGGGAGCGCCGCCGGGCGGCCAGGCGGGAGGAGCUGGAUGAUGACUUCGGCUACGCCCGCGAGCUCCGGGACCGGCAGAGACGCCUGAAGGCCCUGGAGGAGCAGCUGGAGAGGAAGGCCAGGCAGGCACUGGUGGAUCAUUACAGCAAGUUGUCUGCAGAGGCAGCUCGUCGGGAGCAGAAGGCGCUGUGGAAGGUCCAGAGGCACAGACUGGCCGGCGCUCGCCUUCGUUUUCUCUUAGAAGAUCAGAAACGCAUUCAGGAGCUGCUGGAAGACAUGGCGGAGGGGAAGCCCCUGGAGCCGCUGGCCAUCCUCCCGGGUGCCCGCUCCCAGGCUUCCUUUGUGGGCUCUGAGCGCCCAGCCGGAGGCGGCAGCUGUGAUUCUGGGCCUGGGGAGACGCGCGAGGCUGCCCGGGGCGGCCCCGAGAGGCCGGGCGUGCUGCCACGGCAGCCCCGCGCGUCUCCAGCAGCUGCGGCCUGCCGCUCAGGGCCAGGAGCGGGCCCGCCGUCCGAGCAGGCCGAGGGGCCGGGGCCGUCCUCCGUAGGCCUCAGCCUCCGAGACUUCCUGCCCGCGGCCCCGGGGGCUGAGCAGCCUGUGCCCACCAGCGCGGCCCCCGUCCUGGACGAGGCGCUGCAGACCAUCGGCUCGGACCUGCCUCCCCUGGCUCCGUCCGCAGCAGCGGACACAGGGCCCUCCGGGCCACAGGAGUACGAUUUCAGAACCAUCCUGAGGCCGUCUGUGGCCGCCCCAGCUUCCCCAGGGGCCCUGCGGACUGCGGAGGGCAGCUUGGGCGGGGAGGGGCAGCAGCUGCGGGAGGACACGCACGUGCAGCUGGACGCGUGUGUCCCAGAUGGGCGGGUGGCUCUGCCUUGCGCGCAACCCCCCCAGCGCCCCUCCCGCCAGGAGGAUAGCAGCCCGGCCACGGGCCAGCUCCGUGGGCAAGUGGCAGAGCCUGGUGUUCCCACAGAGGGUUAUCCUUCUGGAAUGGCUCCCUCCCGGCCACGGUGGAACGUCCACGGACACGUGUCUGAUGCCAGCAUCAGGGUGGGGGAGAACGUGUGGGAUGUGGCCCCCUCCCGGCCACGGUGGAACGUCCACGGACACGUGUCUCAGUCCAGUGUGAUGCUGGGGGUGCUCUCAGGGGACGCCGAGCCCAACGUGCCCGGGCCCCCCUGGGCGCCCCCUGACCAUGGGUCCCAGUCAGGCCUCAGCUUGGGAGCCCAGAGCCCUGCCCGGGAACCUGAGCCACGGCUGCCUGCAGAGACGGCCUCAGGCGGCUCCGGCGCGCAAGUGGCUCGACCUGGCUCUGGCCGUGGGGAGGAGAGCGGCCUGCAGGCCUUGCUGUCUGCGGAGGCUGCACCCACUGCUCUGGAAGACAGUAUCCCUGAGGAGCCAGGCCCGGGGGCGAGUGGGGACUCCCAGGACCUCUCUCCAAGCGGCCCUCCGAGCUCACAGGAGGGCGCGGACACCCGGAGCAGCCCCGGCCCUGGCGAGGAGGCGGCCCAGCGCUGGGACAGGGAGCAGGCCUACUUGGCGGGCCUGGCGGGGCAGUACUGCCUGGAGCGGUACCCGGACAGCUACGAGGCCAUGUCAGAGCCUCCGGUCGCCCGCCUCCUGCACCACGGGCUCCCCCGAGCUUUUGCCCUCCCCGAGGAGCCCGGGGCCCAGUCAGACGCAGACGCGAGUGCGGUGCAGCCGAGCGAGCUGCUGCCGCUGCCGGUGCUCAUGAAGCACUCCGUCACGGCCCCGCUGGCUGCCCACGUCUCCCUGGUGAACAAGGCCGCAGUCGACUACUUCUUCGUGGAGCUGCACCUCGGGGCGCACUUCGAGGCGCUGCGGCACUUCCUGCUGAUGGAGGACGGGGAGUUUGCGCAGUCCCUCAGCGACCUGCUCUUUGAGAAGCUCGGGGCGGGGCAGACGCCUGGGGAGCUGCUCAGCCCGCUGGCGCUCAACUCCGUGCUGAGCAAGGCCCUGCAGUACAGCCUGCACGGCGACACCCCGCACGCCGCCAACCUCUCCUUCGCCCUCAAGUUCCUGCCCGAGACGUUUGCCCCCAAUGCCCCGGACGUGCUGAGCUGCCUGGAGCUCAGGUACAAGGUUGACUGGCCCCUCAACAUCGUGGUCACCGAGGGCUGCUUGAGCAGGUACAGCGGCAUUUUCUCCUUCCUGUUGCAGCUGAAGCUCAUGAUGUGGACGCUCAAGGACGUCUGCUUCCACCUCAAGCGCACAGCACGGGUGAGCCACGCGGCCGGCUCGGUGCAGUUCCGCCAGCUGCAGCUCUUCAAGCACGAGAUGCAGCACUUUGUGAAGGUCAUCCAGGGCUACAUCGCUAACCAGAUCCUUCACGUCACCUGGUGUGAGUUCCAGGCCAGGCUGGCCUCGGUGGGCGACCUAGAGGAGGUCCAGCGCGCCCACGCCGAGUACCUGCACAAGGCUGUCUUCAGGGGCCUGCUGACGGAGAAGGCGGCGCCCGUCAUGAACAUCAUCCACAGCAUCUUCAGCCUGGUCCUCAAGUUCCGCAGCCAGCUCAUCUCCCAGCCCUGGGGCCCGGCCAGCGGCCCCCGCGGCCCCGAGCACCCCAGCUUCGCCCUCCUGCAGCAGUCCUACAGCACCUUCAAUGGUGAGCAAGCUGGUGAACCGCGGCUACCAGCCCCACCUGGAGGACUUCCUGCUGCGCAUCAACUUCAACAACUACUACCAGGACGCCUGAGGCCUGUGUGGCCCUGGCGGGUGCCCGGGCCGCAAUAAAGAAAAAUCAGGGAACCUGGACGUUCUCAUGACUCAGGCCCCGUAGGAUGACCACGUGGAAACAAGGAAGGAAGUUACCACAUUCUCAGGCGAAAACUGCCCAGGUCCAGACACUGUGCCCAGGGCCCCGCCUCGCCCUGGGCUGCAGGGAGCGGGGCUCGAACAGCCCAGCUGCCCAGCCCAGGGUCUGGCUGCCAGACCUGCCGCCCCCUGCCCCCCCCGGCCGGGGAGCAGGGGCCCUGCAAGAUGCAGGGCUGCACCUGAGGGUCCCCGGCGGCCCACAGACUGGUCCGCACGCACCACGCCUCCUGAGGCUGCAGACGCUCCUGGAGUUGGGUGGCACCACCCUCUCUUCACUGACCAAGAGACCCAGGUUCAGAGGGGGGACCCCGGACUGCCCACUUCAGGUGUGAGCUGAGCCCCAAGACUCCCCUGGCAUCACCCACGUGACAGAUGGGAAGCAAGAGUGGGCUGAAGUGGGGUCCGGGGAGUGACAGGUGCAGGACAGCGCCCACUUCUGGUGCAGAGCGCUGGCCGCGGGCCUCCGGCCCUCAGGCAGACCCCUCGCCCUGCCGCCUCUGUUUCACUGGGUGAGGCUGCACCACCUCCCACAACUGUGACUGUCGUGUGGGACGACGCCUAAGAGUUCUGGGGGAAAUGGAGAGGCCAAGGGGUGUGUGUUUGGGGCCACCGUGAACACGGGCCCCACGCGGGAGGCCCGGCACCCACCAGCCCUGAUUCCCUCCCAAGCUCUCCACGUGGCCCCUCGAUGCCGCUCAAAUAGUGACCUGGGGGUCUGUCCCAGGACCUUGACCCUCAACAGAACCUGAGAAGCUGCCCCUGGGCUAAGCCAGUGGGUGGUGACUCAAGAGGGCCGGGCACCCAGCGUCUGCCCACGGGGGGGGGGGGGGGGCAGCUCCCACCGACCUCCCGGGA